UUAAAAGAUAAAACAAAAGAAAAGCAUAGAAAAGGGGGAGAAGGUGUGACAAAAAGAAGCACGAAGUCGUUCAUUGUAAACCUUCUCUCCAUCUUUGACCACCAACAGCGCGUAGACAAAUCCAGCCUCUCUCCUUGUUUCACACAGUUGGCUGUAUCCCGAAAUCAGUGCUGAUGGCUGGUCGUUUUGAUCCUAAUCCGUUUGACGAUGGCGAUGAAGUUAACCCCUUCGCUGAACAAGGAUCUGGAGGUAAAGGAGCUGGAAAGAGUACAAAUUAUACAGGAGGUUCAUUCUACACAUCAAGUGUUCCUUCUGCUGCAAACUCUCGACUAUCACCACUUCCUCAUGAACCUGCAGAUUUUUAUGACAGGAGUGCCCCUGUUGACAUUCCUCUUGAUUCUGCUGCAGAUUUGAAGAAGAAAGAGAGAGAUUUGCAAGCUAGGGAAGCUGAUUUGAGGAAGAGGGAAGAGAUAGUAAAACGGAAAGAAGAGGCAGCUGCACGUGCUGGUAUUGUUCUUGAGGAGAAAAACUGGCCACCAUUUUUCCCCAUUAUUCACCAUGAUAUUGCAAAUGAGAUCCCAAUCCAUCUACAGAAAUUGCAAUAUGUUGCAUUCACAACUUACUUGGGAUUAGUACUCUGUCUUCUAUGGAACAUUAUUGCUACAACAACAGCUUGGAUUAAAGGAGAAGACCCAAAGAUCUGGUUUCUUGCUCUUAUCUACUUCAUAUCUGGAGUUCCACUUGCCUACGUGUUGUGGUAUCGCCCUCUUUAUCGUGCAUUUAGGAGUGAAAGUGCAUUAAAGUUCACCUGGUUCUUUCUGUUUUACUUGGUCCAUAUAGGCUUUGUGAUCUUUGCUGCAGUUGCACCACCCGUUGUCUUCAAAGGAAAAUCCCUUGCAGGGAUCCUACCAGCAGUUGAUCUUGUAGGCAAGCAUGCUUUGGUUGGGAUUUUCUAUUUUGUUGGAUUUGGAUUAUUCUGUCUGGAAUCCUUGCUCAGCAUCUGGGUUAUUCAGCAAGUAUAUAUGUAUUUCCGGGGAAGUGGGAAAGCAGCAGAGAUGAGACGUGAAGUGGCUAGAGGUGCAGUGAGGGCGGCUGUAUGAUAUUAUGAUGGACGUGCGUUAUAGAGGAUCAAGAUUCAAGGCAAUCAAUUCAAUGGUGAUGUUAAGUCUAAAGCUUGUUUUUGAUUUUAUGGAAAAAGAUUUAUCGUUUAUAUGGUUGGUUGGUGUAAAAGUAUAGAAAGAUGGUUGGUUGGUUAGAUUGAUUGAUUACCUCUGUAAAUCUUGUGUUAUAUCAUCUCACUUUUACUUUUA